AUGGCAGACGGGGAUGUGCCGAUGACGGUCGAGAGUUCGGCGGCACAAUGUGGCCCGCAACUAUACUCAGCAUUGGUCUUGGAAGUGCUGAGUCGCCUGGACCUUGUUGUGCCUGGUACGAGAUUGCUUCGACCGGAGAAGCAGCUGUUGAUCUACCACCAUGCUGCGCAGCUUCAUGAUUUCAAAGAUGCCAUUCUGGCUCUCUGGCGAGAGGAGCUCUCCGAUUCUGCCGCCCUCCCCGAACUUUAUCGUGCGGGAGCAGAAGCUGCGAAGGUGCAGUUGCAGAGUAAAGGCGCAUGGCCGGCAACCUCGGAACUGAAGGGCAAGAAGGCUCUGCGGCAUGCAGCCACUAUCAAGUAUCUGAAACUUUCCAUCCUUGGCAACUCUGGAGCAGCCUGCGUGUUGCUCCAGCAGCGGCCGCGCGUCGCCAGUGUGGCCUGCGAAGAAACGCCGUGGACCUUUGCUGAAGGACAUUUUGCAGACCCCAUCAUUGACUUGGAAGCCAACCGGUCUGCUGCUGUCAUGCACAUGGACAACUUCAUGAAAGGUGCUGUACUCCUUGCCAGCCCGAUGUUGCGGACGGGCCAGGGCUUGGACUCAGCCUCGGAGUCUUUGGCGCAGCUCGUGGCAAGUGAGGCAGAGGUUUGGAGGAGGUUGCUGAAGACAGAACACGACCUCUUCAGCCAAGCCACAGCGUUGCUCAUACGUCAGGUGCUGAAUCUUGGAUCUGGUGCCGUAGCCACGCCCACAGCGACACCCAAGAAGCCGCGCAAAAGUGACGAGAAGACUGCCCCGGAUGUGAGCAUGGAAACGCCUGAGAAACAUCCGAAUCCAGCGAAGGAAGCAGGCUUGUCAGUCAUGCGGGAGCAGGAGGAGCAGCGAGCUUAUGGCAAGCUGCUGGAUGCUAUGCUGCAAGAGCUGGACUACUUCACCGAGCCGUUUCAAUCCUUGCGCUGGCUGGAUAACAAGAAGCAACUUCUCGUGUACUACCAUGCCGCGCAACUGAACGAGAAGCAAGAGAGCGUGUUCGCCGCGUUGCGCGGAGAGCAUGAGGUGGCAGGCCUCCUUCCAGAGUACCAGCGCACGGUGGCAAGGGCGUCUGACGAUCUGAAUGAGCUUCUUGAUGGGCCAAAACUGCGGAAACUUUUCAGUCAUGACCACGUCAUCCGCUUCCACAGCCUCAAAGGUGUCCCUGUUCCACGGACAUGUUGUAUCUUCUUACGCGAAAGACCUCAGUGCUCAAGCGAUGUCUUGCGGAAAGCACCAUCAAUUUUCCGUGACUUGAUCCGCUACAGAAAUCAAGGCAGUCCAUUGAUGGAGCUUGAGCAUCAUCAACUGGCUCUCGUGCUGACUGUCCACGACCGAAAUCCUCGUGCGUUUGUGGUCAUCAGUCCCCUCUUCGAGAAGCCUUCGCUCAUUGAGGAGGUAUGUGGGGGGACGUGGAGUGAGAUCCAGGAAGCUUUGAAGGAUGAGCUUGCCAGCCUUAUCAGAAAAGAGUCUGAUGCUUGGAGAGCCUUCAUCCAAAGCCACGCCGACAUGGUGAGCAAGGAGUCGCUCAAGAUCAUCCAGCGAGUGCUGAAAACCUGUCAGCCGGGCUCUGGCCUCGGCGCAUACACACUCCGGUUUGCAGAGGACGUGGAGGAGGCCAACCAGUUAUCAAAUGAGUACUUGCGUUUUAUAUGCUACUAG